UCAUAAUUAGGUUUCACUCUCUUCCGAUGCAUUUCGCAUUUUGAUAACUUGAAUGUCAGUUCUUUCCUGAGGCGGAGUAACUUUAAAGUGAUCAUAUCCCUAAUCAAUUAAUAAGCUGAUAAUUAACAUAGUUCUGUAAAGAGAUUGACCGAUUUAUGUCAUUAAAAUGUUGAUUAAAUCACAGUUCAUUUGGAUAACUGUAUGGAUUUUAUUAAUCAACUGUCAGAAUGUUGCUGCCGACACUGAAGGACCAAAGUGCGACCCACCAUGGGAAAAGCUUCACAGGACGUGUGUACAGUUCAUGAAAGCGAAGCCAUUUUCAACUUGGCAAAAAGCUCGAGAUUCCUGUAUUAGUAUGAAGGCUGACCUUUUCAGUGUUAACGACAAAGAGGAAAAUGGAAAGUUGAAACCUCUAGUGAGGACACAUGUGCGUAGUAGGGACACACUCCAGUGGUGGAUUGGAAUACGUGAAGUUGGACCCUCCUGGCUGUGGUUGGAUAAUGACGAGCAAUAUGCAAAAAUACCUGAAUGGGCCGCUGGUUCGGGGCGCUUUCAAAACACACCAGGAAAAUGCGGUCUUUAUACUUUCAGUGGAACACUGGAAGAAGCGGAUUGCGACCAAGAGAAACAUUACAUAUGUGAACAAUUUAAAGUAACGACUGAUCCAACGACCUCAACUUCAUCACCUAGUACAACAACAACAACAACAAACGCGACAACGAAAGAGACGUUAACAUCGACAACAAAUAAGAUGUUAACAUCGUUUCCGGUUCCCGUUACUCAACCAGUUGAACAAAGUACGCGAGCUUCUGUCACAAAGUCCACGGUAAAACCAAUAGAUCUAACAACAGAAAAGGCCACUUCAGUCGCAACCGAUAAACAAACUACGAACCCACCAACAGAAUCAUAUACUACAACAGUCAUAAGGAAAGGACCUCCAACAGACAGAAUAACUAGUAUCUCAGUAGAUACAAACACUACUGAACAAACUACUAAAGAACUAAAUCAGUCCACUCGUACUAAACUGAUCACAAAAACUACGCCAGUAAAACCGACUAAACCGUCAACAAAGAAACCAGUUGUAAGUACGACAGUAGAUGUUCUUGAACCUUCAACAAAAUCAUCACUGCAACAAGAAAAAGAAAAGUUUGUGGGUUGUUAUGCUAUAAACUACGAAACCACGUGUCCACCAAUAGAGGCAUUCGGGAUAUCUUGGCCACGUUCUGAUCCUGGACAACAAGUGAAAGUUCCAUGUGAUAAAGGUCAUGCAAAGUGGAAAUGUGACAAGAAUCCAACAUGUUGGAGGGAUGAACCAGAUGUUAAACAGUGUACCUCUGAGACCAUACAAGUUCUGACAAGUCAGGUUAAAGAGUUCCUGUCAAACACAAAUAACUCGGAGAAAGCUGUAGAAUUUACGGAAAAUUUGGCUGCAUCAGUCCAGACGGAAGAGGUGUUGUCAGAACAAGAUUUAUUCCAGUCGACUAAACUAAUGGAGGCUGCUUCAAAUGCCAAACCAAAAAAUUCUACAGACGCUAAAAACAUCAUCAAGAAUAUUGCCAAAUGCGGAAGUCUCCUAGUCGGAAAGCAUCAGACAUGGACGUCUAUGAAUAAAGAAGGUCAACGGACCGUGGCGUCAUCGCUGCUAACAUCCAUGGAGUUGGUUACAAAUGUUAUGCUCAAAAGUUUUGAAGAGCCUGUUGUAGAGAAAAUCGUAGAGGAAAACAUGGCAAUCGAGUUACAAGUUAUAGAUAUUAACAAAGACGGACCGGAUGGUAAAGACGCUGUGUUCCAAGAACACACAAAUAGUUUCUCGAUACCUCAAGAAAAUCUGAAACGCUUUAGUUCAGGUGGAUUAGCAAGACUUGUUUUUAUUAACUACAAUACUGUGGGAUCAAUGAUGGUACCGGAUGAUGACGUCAUUGGUGACGACAUUGAACGUAAGCUGGUCAGUGAGGUUGUGAGUGCGUCUCUGGAUGAGAAAGCCCCGGAUGAGCCGUUGAUAAAACCUGUCGUUUUCACAAUGAAAACACAUGAGAGUGCUAAAAAUAAAGAAUGGAAACAAUUAUGUUCAUUUUGGAACUUUAGUCUCGGGUAUACUGGGGCGUGGUCACAGAAAGGUUGUUCUUUAAAGAAACACAAUACAACACACACGACCUGUCAAUGUAAUCAUCUAACAAAUUUUGCUAUACUCAUGGACAUACAUAGUACCAAGUUGGCGCCAAUCCAUGCAACGGCAUUGUCUUUCAUCACUUAUAUUGGUAUCAUCAUCUCCAUCAUCUGUCUGUUUCUGUCGUGGAUAACAUUCAUUUGUAUAAGUGCUAGAUGUUUACGUGGCUCACGAGGGAGCCAUGGCAACGAGGCAAAUGAGUAUUAUGGGAAUAGCGGAAGUUCCAGUGAGUCCGCGACUGGCUCACGUUCUGCUCAAGGAGAACGAAAUUCUAUACACAAGAACCUGGUGUUUUGUUUGUUUAUUGCCGAGGUUCUAUUCCUUGCAGGGAUAGAAAGGACAGAUAAUACGAUUGCGUGCGCAAUCAUCGCAGGGUGUUUGCACUAUUUCUUCCUGUCAAGUUUCACAUGGAUGUUUGUGGAAGGCAUCCACAUAUUGUUUAUGUUGGUACAAGUCUUCGAUGGUGCCAAAUCGAGGCUCAGAUAUUAUUAUGCCAUUGGAUACGGUGUUCCUUUGAUAACAGUUGCGGUUUCAGCUUUGGUUUACUACCAGGGUUAUGGGACUGAGAAAUAUUGUUGGUUGACUACAGACAGAAUGUUUAUUUGGAGCUUUGCCGGUCCUGUUGCAUUUAUUUUGUUGGUCAAUUUGAUUGUUCUAAUGUACGCGAUGUCAGCUGUAUGUAAACAUUCAGAAUAUGUGUUCACAAAAGAGAAAUCGUCCGUCGGUAACGUCAAGAUGUUGGCCAUGCCAGCUUUUGCUCAGCAAAUGCAGAAGCGAUUGAAGAGACACCAGGCGUGGAUUCAAGGCGCACUCGCCCUGGAAGUCCUCUUGGGACUCACAUGGGUGUUUGGAUAUUUUUACAUCAGUGAAGAAGCAAUACCCAUGGCAUACCUCUUCACCAUAUUCAACAGCCUGCAAGGCCUUUUCAUCUUUUUGUUCCAUUGUAUUCUGAAUAAAAAGGUUCGGAAGGAGUAUGCACGAUUCGUUGACUACCCAAGGAGACCAGUUUCAAGCGGGACUCACACAUCCAAGGGAUCCCAGCACAGUGGUUCAGGACCAAACACGGGAUCGUACCACAUGAACGGCACAAGGAAACACUCCGGUGGCUUUGUUUCUCUAAACAAGGACCGCAGAUCUUCUUCUAGAUCUACUACUUCAACUUAAAACUUAGUGCAAUAUUUAAGAUAAUACAUGUAUGUAUAUUAGAUAACUAUGGCCAGGUUCGAAACUUUCGUAUUGACAAGUUACAAAUAGUGUCUGCAUGUCAAACAGACAAAACGUUCAACAUCAUGAUAGUUUUUAGUCAUUAAUAACUUAAUUGGUGGUGAAAUGCUUUUGAUAUCGUAACUGAGUGAAGAAUAGAAUUGUAUGUCGGAAAGAAAGAUGUGUGCUGUUGAAGUUUUGUACGGUUUUUCUUUAAAGGCUCAUUAUGCCUCAGAAAGGAAUAAAUUUUUCCUUCUUUAGAACGGGCAAACAUGAGUUUAAUAAUGCUUAAAUAAUGGUUUUGGAACUUGUAAGAUGCUUUUCAACUGAAAAAGGAGUGCUUAACCCUUUACCACAUAUAUACGCGAAACAACGCACUUUCGACCCCCCCCCCCCUUUUUAAGGCCUCAAAUAGUGAAAAAAUGUCUUAUUUGGGCCCCAAACAUAAGUUUUCGUUUUAGAAAUGUUGCUAAAAAAAUUGAGCACUUUUUCGGCGCCGCCCCCAUCCAAAAGAUACAUCAGGGGGUUGCCACAAGGGGGAUGUGCCCCCUUCUGUUAGGGGGGUUUGAAGGGGGACGGAGUCCCCCUCAUCGCCAAGAAAAUUUUGGACUUGUGAGAGGCUAAAAAUGACCCCAGGUCGAUUAUAAUGUAACGUUUAACCAACGCUGAAAAGCCUUUGACUCUAUCUUAAUCCCUUGAGCAGUUACAGCACUUUGAAAUAAAUUUUGAUGGAAAAAAUCGAGGCAAAAUAGUGAUUUUUGGCAAUUUUGAGAUGUCCCCUCGUUGCCAUGGUAACCGGAAAUUUAAGACUGAGCAUGUCGUUACAAAGGCAAUGGUCCAGUCAACAUUUGUGCCAAGUUUGAUUAGUAUUGAAGCAUUUUUCAUAGUUUCAUAGCAGUUUGAACUUGUAACAGGAGGCUUUUCAGUGAAAACGGCCAUUUUUCACAAUAUGCUCAUGGGGAAAAGGGUUAAUGUGAAAAUAUUUUAUUGGAAAGACGGAAAAUGUUAAAAUAGUAUUUUGACUUCCAUACAAAAUUCAAAAUCACUGUAACUUUACUACACGCAAAAAGCAAUUUAAGCAAAAGAUGGUUUUGAUAAUUGUCCAAUAAGUAACUUUUUUGGAACUAUAUACAACAGAGCACCAUAAAUAAGACAGCUUUUUAGAAAUAAAAAGCUUUAAGGGCAUAAUGAGUCUUUAGUUUCUUGAACUGUUAGAUUUUAAGGGAUUUGUUUAUUGCAAUAUAUUGUAGUGAUAUUUCUAGACCUUUUACAAAUAUUACGAAACAAACAUUUACCUGUUGCUGUGUUUUAACAGAAUAUUUGUGAAUCACUUUGUUUACAUCGACAUGAAACAUUCAGUAAUAAUGUUUAAUUGUACGAUCAGUAUUAAUACUAAUACAGUUAACUCUCAAUAAGUCAAAAUCGCCUAACUCAAAAUACCACGUAAGUCGAAGAAUUUCUAAAGUCCCGUCAAAUUUACUUAAACAAAGUAAAGCAUUUUCUUUAAAGUAAAACACUAGUAUUUUUGAAGUCAUUAAUACAUAAAAGAUGCAAGUAAUGUGUCAUUAUAUUUUAACACUAACAGUUUUACAUAUAUCAAAGUAGUUAACAAUUUUUGAAAAAAGUAAAACCCUAUCAUUUUAAUAAAAAAAUCAUAAAUGAAUAAAGUAUGCAAAUAACAAAUGUAUGAAUGUUAAAAACAUGAUGUUGUUUAAUAGAAAAUAUAUUUGUCUUGUGUCUGAAGUGUGUCUUAUUAAUUAAUGUAUUGUAGUGUGUUGGUGCUAUAUGAAGCUUUUAUUCAGCUUUAGUUAUUUUCAGCUCGUCUGUUUCGAAGAAAAAGACGAGCUACUAUGAUCGCUGGAGUGUAGUUUUUGUAGUGUAAAAACUUAAAAGUAGCCUGCCAAUUAAUCAAACACUUCAAAAGUUAUCACCAUGGGACAAGGAAUACAUUGUGCAGUUUUCAGUCAAGGGGUAUAUUUCUGAUAGUAAUAUUUAUUGAGUAAACUUCCUUUAAAUCUUUAACAAGCGAGCGUUAUCACCGCAUGCAGUGCUCUUGUUACAUAUAUAGAUAUAAUUAUGUACAUUAAAUGUAACUAUCCAUGACAAACAGUGCCAAAUGCUUUAUAUUUGUCUAAACUUUAAACCACGUUCUAGUGAUAUUUUUCAGUAUAUGUACGUAACUAGUUUAUUAGUGGGACCGGUGUGAAAGGACCAUAAAUUUGACCAAAUUAUACUUCCAUUCUUUCGCUUGCUUUUACAUGUUUACAUGAUUAGUUCAAUACAACCUCCACAAAGCGGCCCUCCUGACUACUUAACUCUUUACAAUAACAUUUUCAAUUUUUCUGUAUGUAAUCUAGCAGCAGCAAACAAACUAUUUUUAUAUCCAAAAUGUUGUUGCUGUACAGAGAUUUUAGUGUACAUGGAUGGUAUUUUAAUAUGAUACGAACUUGAUCCUUACAAAAUGUUAUAUUUAAAAAUUUAAGGAUUAAUUGAAAAUAUACAAAUCCUUGCUGAGAUAUAUGCGUGUUAUCUCACCUAUUUGUCGGACUCGAUUAUAAGUCGACCCGAUUGUAAGUCGUAGGAUUAACUUUUGCUUCAAUUAUGUUAACGGAGGUGAAUCUUGAAUAAAGUUUUAUUAUACAUUGUUUAUGUAGUAUGUUUAGUUCAUAGAAAAAUAUAUACAUGUACAUAUUAUGACAGCUAUAUUUUUCUUUAUUUCAAGUGUACAUUUUACAAAAGCAAAUAAACGACUUUUAAACUUA